CGACAAAGAAGCAGACGAAGAUAUUGCAGUGGGACAACACCAAAAUGCUCGUCCCUCCGCCAUCUCCCGGAGAGUCCCACCUACGCAUAAAGCAAGAGAGGGCAGGUGUGUGAGAAACGGUGCCUGUUUGGGAAGGGGGUUGCAGAACAGGGUAGACUGCUCCUGCGCUUCUGGAACUACGAAUACCAUACGAACCAAUUCAAAGCAAUUGCUCCCUUCCGAGGCGGCUAUGUUCUCGGGCGAGCUUCUCUGGCGAAGUUCCCUCUGGCAAGGCUGCGGGGAAAGUGCAGAGGGCGAGAUCUGGAGCGCUGAUUGGCCGAGGUGCCGAUUGGCCGAAGCCAACCUUCCACCCGCCCCUCAAGAAAAUGAGAGAAGGCGUGUCACAACCCUCUCCUUUCUCUCUGCGCUCUAGCUCUCCUCGUAGGGGAAGUCCCCACAGCCCUGAACAGAGGAGCUUUGCCAGAGCAACUCACACGGAGAACGCAGCCGCCGCAGAAAGGGACUAAUUACUCCCUCGCCUCUUGGCGGGUGUGAUAUUCGUGGUUCCUUAAGCGCAUGGGCAGUCUAGACUGUACCCUCUUCACCGUUGCUCACGCCCCCUGAAGCAGCUGGGUGCAGCGUGCUUCAGCGGGUAACCUCCGGCAGGUCGAGGACGAGCAUUCAGUGUCCUCCCGCUGCCAUACAUUGGCAUCUACCUUUGUUGCCCCCGAACAAUCAGCAGCAACAAGGCAAGGGCGGUAGUCGAAGCAACAGGCGCGGCCAAAGCUGAAGCAGCAGCCUCGGGAUCACGUAUUGAUCCGCCGGUCGUGAAAGACAGGAGAACUCCGAGUGCACCAACAGAGGUGGAAAAAACUCAGGCGCGAUGUCUGCUGGUUUGGAAGUCGAGGUUGGCGAUUUUGCUAUGGCAGCCAAGGCCACUCCCAGCGUAGAUGGCAUGCAGGUGAAGGAAGAGGAGGAGGAGCAGGAGCAGGAGGAGGACUACGAUGAGAGGUUAUCCGAUGACCCGCUGCAGCCAAGGCCGGGCAAGCGCAAGCGCGGGGGUAUGGCCAAUGCCCUCCAGCGGUACAGCAUCUGGACAGCCGGGAGCCGACAACCCUACGCUGAAAGGCUCACAGGAGCGUCGGCCAAGCGCCAGCGGACGACUUCCUCGCCAGGAACAAAAGAACAAUGCGGGGGCAGGGCGACGGCGGCACCACGCAAGCCGCCAACGCGUACGACUGCCGGACACCGUGGCAAGAGACCACUGUUCUGCCAGGAAGACGGCUGCACAAGGAGGCCAUCGUACGGCAAUGCUUCCAGCAAGACCGCGGAGUUCUGCUCAAAACACUCCAAGCCGGCCAUGAUUAACGUCGUCGGCAAGAGGUGCGGCCAUCCGGAGUGCAAGAAGCAUCCGUCAUACGGUAUAGACGGCAGCAAGAAGGCGGAGUUCUGCGCCCAGCACAGUCUGGAGGGUAUGGUCAACGUCGUCAGCAAGAGGUGCGGCCAUCCGGAGUGCAAGAAGCAUCCGUCAUACGGUAUAGACGGCAGCAAGAAGGCGGAGUUCUGCGCCCAGCACAGUCUGGAGGGUAUGGUCAACGUCGUCAGCAAGAGGUGCGGCCAUCCGGGGUGCAAGAAGCAUCCGUCAUAUGGUAAGGACGGCAGCAAGAAGGCGGAGUUCUGCGCCCAGCACAGUCUGGAGGGUAUGGUCAACGUCGUCAGCAAGAGGUGCGGCCAUCCGGGGUGCAAGAAGCAUCCGUCAUAUGGUAAGGACGGCAGCAAGAAGGCGGAGUUCUGCGCCCAGCACAGUCUGGAGGGUAUGGUCAACGUCGUCAGCAAGAGGUGCGGCCAUCCGGGGUGCAAGAAGCAUCCGUCAUAUGGUAAGGACGGCAGCAAGAAGGCGGAGUUCUGUGCUCAGCACCGUCCGGAGGGUAUGGUUGAUGUCGUCCAGAGAAGGUGCUGCCAUCCAGGGUGCAAAAAGCAACCGUCAUUUGGAAAGCAAGGCAGCAAGAAGCCGAAGUUCUGCGCCGAGCACUGCGAGCAUGGCAUGGUCAACGUGAAGCGCGGCCAUCCGGGGUGCAUGAAGCAUGCAUCACAUGAUAAAGACUGCAGCAAGAAGCCCAAAUUUUUCUCUCAGCACGACCAGCAGGCUAUGGCCUCUAUCUUCACCCGGAGGUGCGGUCAUCCGGGAUGCAUGAAGUAUCCGUCAUACAGUAAGGAAGGCAGCAAGAAGGCCGAGCGCUGUUCUCAGCACAGCCUGGAGGGCAUGAUCAACGUCAGCAAGAGGUGCGGCCAUCCAGGUUGCACGAAGGUUCCGUCAAAUGAAAAGGACGGCAGCAAAAAGCCGGAAUUUUGUUUUCAGCACGCGAAGAACGGUAUAGUUGAUGUCGCCAGAAAAAGGUGUGGCCACCCAGGGAGGUGCGGCCAUGCAGGUUGCAUGAGGCAACCGUCAUAUGGUGCCGACGGCAGCAAGAACCCGGAGUUCUGUGUACAGCACGCGAAGCAGGGUAUGGUUGAUGUCGCCACCAGGAAGUGCGGUCAUCUAGGACGCACGAAGCAACGGUCAUAUGGUGCCGACGGCAGCAAUAAGCCGGAGUUCUGUGUACAGCACAGUCAGGAGGGUAUGGCGGAGUUCUGGGCCCAGCACAGCCAGCAGGGCAUGGUUCCUGUCCGUGGCAAGAGGUGCGGCCAUCUGGAUUGCACGAAGCAGCCGGCGUAUGUUAAGGAUGGCAGCAAGAGGUCGGAGUUCGGUGCACGGCACGCGCGACAACACGCGAGACAGUGUGUGGUUAAUGUGCGGACACCGUAUAUCAGACCAAGGGUUGCAUUGUGA